GUUCUCUUGGGCAAUUACACAAUAUACCCAACUGAUCCAAUACGUAUACGUUCAACAUGUCCGGAUUGUCUAAGCUUGAGAUAGCUAGAUACAGGAAGGUGUUUGAUAGGCUUGACCGGGAUGGCAGUGGAUCUAUUUCUUCGGGUGAACUAAAGGUGGCGUUGGAAGAAGUUGGUCACAGGCCUUCAGAUGAAGAAGUACAAGAAUUGGUUAAACAGAUUGAUACCGAUGGUAACGGUGAAGUAGAAUGGGAAGAAUUCUUAGCCAUAUUCCAAACGAAGCCGAAGAAAAAACAUACCGAAGCAAGUCUUCGAAAGGCGUUCGACAAAAUUGACAAAGACAAAAGUGGUGAUCUAUCCAGUAACGAAAUCAGGCAGUUCUUUAGGGAAAGUGGAAUCGGUAAAGACACCUUACCAGAUAGUAGAAUUGAUGCGAUGGUUGCUGCCGUUGAUAUUAACGGGGAUGGACAGAUUUCAUUUGAAGAGUUCUUCAAAAUGAUGAACUCUUAAAAUACAAGUUUUGAAAUCACAUUUAAUCCUGGACUAUUAACGAGAUGAUAAAACUGGUCAAGUGAACUCGUUAUCUAUUCUCCGUAAAGAUAUCAGCGAAUUUGUGUUUAUAGCGUAGCUU